UUACCCGGCCUCAACGUGUCUUGGGACAAGCCCCCUCAGCCUCUGGUGGCCUUGGGCAAGAAAUCUCCUGAACACCAUGCCAAGCCCCACCCUCCUCCCACACCGGGCUGCACAAGGCACGUGAGGAUCAGAAACUGGGAUAACGGAAUGACCUUCGAGGACACGCUCCAUCGCAAGGCCAAGGGGAAUCUCGCCUGCACGAUGAAAUCUUGUCAGGGUGCCGUCAUGAAUCCCAAGACCUUAGUGAGAGGUCCCAGAGACCAGCCGACCCAACGAGAGGAACUUCUACCUCAAGCCAUUGAAUUCAUCAACCAGUAUUACGGUUCCUUCAAAGAGGCAAAAAUAGAGCAACAUCUGGCCAGGGUGGAAGCUGUAACAAAAGAGAUAGAAACAACAGGAACUUAUCAACUGAAGGAAGAGGAACUCAUCUACGCAACCAAGCAGGCCUGGCGUAAUGCACCCCGGUGCAUUGGCAGGAUCCAGUGGUCCAACCUCCAGGUGUUUGAUGCCAGGAAGUGUACCACAGCCAAGGAGAUGUUUGAGCAUAUCUGCAGGCACAUCCGAUAUUCCACCAACAAUGGCCACAUCAGAUCUGCCAUCACCAUCUUCCCUCAGCGGAGCGACGGGAAGCACGACUUCCGGAUCUGGAACAGCCAGCUGGUCCGCUACGCCGGCUACUCGAUGCCCGACAGCUCCGUCGUGGGGGACCCAGCCUGCGUGGAAUUCACCCAGCUGUGCAUGGACCUGGGCUGGAAACCCAACUUUGGCCGCUUUGAUGUGUUGCCACUGAUCCUUCAAGCCAACGGCCAGGACCCCGAACUCUUUGAAAUCCCACCAGACCUGAUCCUGGAAGUGGCCAUGGAACAUCCCAAGUACAAGUGGUUCCAGGAGUUGAAUCUGAAGUGGUACGCCCUGCCGGCCGUGGCUAACAUGCUGCUGGAGGUGGGAGGCCUGGAAUUCCCGGGAUGCCCCUUCAAUGGCUGGUACAUGGGCACUGAGAUUGGCGUCCGGGACUUCUGCGACGUGCAGCGCUACAACGUCCUGGAGGAAGUGGGAAAGAGAAUGGGCCUGGACACUAACAAGACGUCAUCUCUAUGGAAGGACCAAGCAGUGAUUGAAGUUAACGUGGCCGUGCUUCACAGUUUCCAGAAACAAAAUGUGACCAUCACGGACCACCAUUCUGCCACGGAGGCCUUCAUGAUGUACAUGCAGAACGAGUACAGCUCCCGGGGGGGCUGCCCCGCCGACUGGGUCUGGCUGGUGCCCCCGAUCUCGGGCAGCCUCACUCCGGUAUUUCAUCAGGAGAUGCUCAACUACAUCUUGUCUCCUUUCUACUACUACCAGAUAGAGGCUUGGAAAACACACACCUGGCAGGAUGUGAAGAAGAGGCCCAAGAGAAGAGUCAUCAAGUUUCACAUCUUGAUCAAGGCUGUUCUUUUUGCCUCUGUGCUGAUGCGUAAGACCAUGGAAGCCAGGAUCAAAGCUACAGUGCUAUAUGCCUCAGAGACCGGGAAAUCAGAAACCCUGGCCAGGGAGUUGAGAAAUUUAUUCAACUGCGCUUUCAACACCAAGGUUGUCUGCAUGGAUGAGUACAACCUGAACGAUUUGGAGAAGGAGAAGCUGCUGUUGGUAGUGACCAGCACUUUUGGGAACGGAAAUGCUCCAGGCAAUGGAAAGAAACUGAAGAAGUGCCUGUUCACACUGAAAAAGCUCGACAACAAAUUCAGGUACGCUGUGUUCGGCCUCGGCUCUAGCAUGUACCCCCAGUUCUGCGCCUUCGCUCACGAGCUCGACCAGAAGCUUUCCCAGCUGGGGGCCUGCCAGCUUGCUUUCAUGGGAGAAGGAGACGAGCUCAGCGGGCAGAUGGAGGCCUUCCGGAGCUGGGCAGCGGACACCUUCAAGGAGGCCUGUGAAACCUUUGAUAUCCGGGAAAAGCACAAGAUUCAGAUUCCCAGUUCUUACAACGUUAAGGAAACCUGGAAUCCCGAAAACUUCAGAAUUGUGCCAGUCUGCAAACCUCUGGACCUGAGCAGAGCUCUGAGCAGCCUGCACACCCAAAAGGUGUUUUCCAUGAAGCUCAAAUCCCGGCAGAAUAUCCAGAGCGUGAACUCCAGCCGCACGACCCUUUUGGUCCAACUUUCCAAAGAAGGGAGCCAGGAAGUGAGCUAUCAGCUGGGAGACCACCUCGGGGUUUUCCCUGGAAACCCGCCAGACUUAGUCCAGGGCAUCAUGGGGCGCGUCCGGGAUGCUCCCCCGACACAUCAGGCCAUCCGGCUGGAAACCUGCAGCCAGAACCGUGACUACUGGAUCGCCGUCAAGAAACUGCCCGCCUGCUCGCUCUCCCAGGCCCUGACAUAUUUUCUGGACAUCACCACCCCGCCCACCCAGCUGCUGCUGAAGAAACUAGCCCAGCUGGCCAGCAAGGAUGGGGAGAGACAGAGGCUGGAGGUCCUGUGUCAGAUCUCAGAAUACCGUCCGUGGAAGCUGUCCAACUGCCCCACCUUCCUGGAGGUCCUGGAGGAGUUUCCAUCGAUCGAGGUCUCCACGGCCUUCUUGCUCACCCAGCUGCCCCUGCUGAAGCCUCGCUACUACUCCUGCAGCUCCUCCCAGGUCCUCACUCCCGGGGAGAUCCACCUGACCGUGGCCUUGGUCAGUUACCGGACCAGAGGAGGGCAGGGCCCCCACCGCCACGGGGUCUGCAGCACGUGGCUCAGCAGGCUGGAGCCCCAGGACAACGUCCUCUGCUUCGUGCACAGUGCCAGUGGGUUCCAGCUGCCCGAGAACCCCUCCAAGCCCUGCAUCCUGGUUGGCACCGGCACGGGGAUUGCCCCGUUCCGCGGUUUCUGGCAGCAGCGCCUGUACGACAAGGAGACGAAAGGCGUGAAGACGGGCCGCAUGACCCUGGUGUUCGGAUGCCGCUCCCUCAAGGACCACCUGUACCGAGAGGAGGCUCAGGAGAUGAAGAGGAAGGGAGUACUCCAGGACGUCUACACCGCCUACUCCCGCAAGCCAGGCCAGCCCAAAGUCUACGUCCAGGAUAUCCUGCGGAACAGCCUCGCGGCCGAGGUGCACAGAGUGUUGCACGAAGACGGCGGCCACCUGUACGUAUGUGGAAACAGGAGGAUGGCCCAGGACGUGGCUCAGACCCUGAAGGAGAUGGUGGCCUCCAAGCUGGGCGUGAGUCAGGAGCAGGCUGAAGAUUAUUUCUUCCAGCUGAAGGACCAGAAUCGAUACCAUGAAGAUAUCUUUGGAACUGGCUGUCCCUAUGAGGGGGAAAAAAGACACAGCGCUGUCAAAACCUGAAGAGUUCGAAACCCCGCCAGCUGGAAGGGUCCGUUAAAGCAUCAUCUAACGAAGCAAAUGCUUUAAGCGCCUUUUAGUGGGGCAGAGGAUAAUGGAAAUCUGUGGAUAAUGCAAACCCUCAUUUUAGGCUUCAAUCGAUCAGUUGCAUUUAUUGAGCACCUACU